ACUACUUAACAUGGCUGAAGAAAUAAGCAAUAAAGCAUAUCCCCUGGCAGAUCAGACAUUGAAUGGGCAGCUUUUGAAACUUAUACAGCAGGCUUCCAAAGAUAAGCAGCUGAAAAAAGGGGUCAAUGAAGCCACUAAGACACUGAAUCGAGGACACGCAGAAUUAAUUGCUUUAACAGCAGAUGUCGGGCCAAUUGAAAUUCUCUUGCAGCUACCCUUGUUAUACAGGGACAAAAAUGUCCCGUAUAUUUUCGUACUAUCAAAACAAGCUUUGAGAAGAGCCUGCGGUGGGUCACGUCCUGUAAUUACCUGCUCUGUCACACAGAAGGAAGGGUCCCAGUUGAGGAAGGUGAGGAUACCCAAGUUUCGUGCAGAAUAG